AUGCCGCCCCUCGUCAGUGCAAAUGAGCGCAACUUGGACCCCAACGCGCUUCGCGUGCUCAUUACUGGCUUCGGACCCUUUGGAAGGUACAAGGAGAACCCGUCCAGUCUCGCCGUCAGGCCCCUUCACAACACUAUCCUCUACACCGAGCCACCGGCCGAGCUCAUACCCACUGAUCAGGCCACGAUGAUCACCGACGAGAUGGAGGAGCUUCUUCGCCGCCCACAGCAGAUCCAUAUCACCACCCUCGAGCUCCCUGUCACAUACCAGGCCGUUCUCGGCGCCGUGCCCGGCUUCCACAUUCUGAACGGCUACGACUUUGUCUUCCACGUAGGCGUGGCUGGACGCGGACCGUUGCGGAUCGAACGUGUCGGCCACAAGAACGGGUAUAGGAUGAAGGAUGCAGCUGGCGAGUACGCCCCCAUCGUCCAUCUGCCCAAAGACCCUAUCGAAGAAAGCGAGUCGGACCUUUCGCGCGAGAUGCGCAUGCUCAUCGGGCCCCCAUUGAGUGGCAGCGGUCCGGAGGGGUCUCAAGAGGUCAUGGACAUUCCUUCACCACCCAACCGAGGCUUCGGCAAGGGGUAUGAGCAGUUCGCGGACGAGUUGUCGACAGACGUCGACGUGCCCAAGCUGAUCGUCCAUCUAAAAGAGAACGGCAUUGACCAGGUCUACUCGUCCAUGGACGCUGGCCACUAUCUAUGCGACUUCAUCUUCUACUGUUCCAUGGCGGAGUCCAAGCGGUCGAUGGCCCCGCAGGAGAAGUUCAAGGAGCGGAGCACCCCCACCAAGAGCACGCCGGUGCUUUUCAUGCACUGUCCCCCUGUAGACCAGCCGCUGAGCACGGAGCAAGUGACGGAAGCGAUCCAGAAAAUCGUCCUGUGGGUAUGCGGGAAGAUGCACCAUCCCUGA